AGCAAUCGCUCAGCCACUUACCGGAUUCGAAUCAGCCAGCAGAUCCUGAUAUGUCUUCCGAAAGGUCUACUACGUCUACGCAACAACUAAAUUCCUGCAGUUUCAAUCGUCUUCGCGAACACGAUUCUUGCUAUCGUUCUCGGUAGCGUGUAUUACGAUCUUACAGAUACAAGCGUUAGCAUGGACCAGAGGGCCGUUCUCAUAUUUUUUUUUUAAUGAUAUGCGCUUUUUCACCUGCUUUUGAGGUAAGCUGUUUGAGGCUCUCAAAUUUCUCUUACUUGUUGGGCUAGUGGCUGACUCGUUGCCAAUUUCUUUAGGUCUUAACCAUCUGGGCACAAAGGCUUAUUGUGGAAAAGCACAAUCGAUACGCUUUUUAUCACCCUUUUACGGAAGCUGUGGCUGCAAUUCUUUGCGAUUUGCCGGUCAAGGUCGGCACCAAUGUUACGUUUCACGCCACACUCUAUUUUAUGACGAAUCUCCGGCGAACCGCUUCCGCUUUUUUUAACUACCUCGUCUUCAUGUUCUUUAUCGUUUUAACUAUGAGCAUGGUUUUCAGAACCUAGGCUUCAUUAACUUCCUUUUUUCCAUCUUCCUCAUAUCUCAGCUCUUCAGCACCCUCGAUCAACAAAUCAUCCCACGCCUUGCCAAUAACCGCGCCCUAUUUGAAGCUCGCGAGAGAAAGUCUAAAUCAUACUCCUGGAUCACGUUCCUAACUACUAACAUCAUCGUUGAACUAUUCUGGCAGACGGUCUGCUCCGUAGUAAUCUUCCUAUCCUGGUAUUACCCCACGGGUCUCUGGCACAAUAGUGAUCCAAGCUUUGGAACGGUGG